CGUAAAAAGAUUGUGAUACACGGAUAAUCGGUGACAAUCUCGAAGGGAUCUAUUUGCAAUCGCUUGUCGAACAAAAGCGAUUGAAAUGUUCUUUGUCGUUCUAUGCAUCGUUCUUGCAGUGUCACUCGAUAAUGCAUCUUCUUGUCGAAUUGACAAAAUAAUUCUACAAUUUAUCGUUGAUGCAACGCCCAUUCUACUUUCACCAUCGAGGAUAUCUCUACAUACGUGCAUCAGCUAUGACGAUAUGACUGGAUUAUCAAGGGAAAUGUCCAGAUAUCAUUUAAUGCAUGGUAUCUAUAACGUUGAAAAUUCUGAAAAGAGAAUUUAUGACAAUUUAGAACAUAGAAAUCUGUAUAUGCUAGACAUGAACUGCGAUUCUUCCAUUGAAAUUUUACGACAGGUGCAUUCAAAAAAUAUGUUUAUUGCUCCAAUGAAAUGGCUGCUUCUUCAGGAUCGAAGAAUGAUGAUCGAUAAUGUAUAUAAGAAUUCCACGUAUGAUAACUCAAUUUUCGAAGAUUUAGCUAUCUACCCUGAUAGUGACGUGGUCGUCGCUCAAAGGUUUGAUGGUGACUUUCUUUAUUUGACGUCCGUGUAUCGACCAAGUCCACAACGAGCAGUGAUAUGGGAAAAUCGCGGCAACUGGACAGUCGAGACUGGUUUGCAAAUGACUACUUUUGAUGUGGCUUCAGCACGGAGAAGAAAUCUUCAACAGACGGUCAUUAAAUCCAGCAUUGUGAUAACAAAUCCUGAUACGAUCAAUCAUUUGACUGAUUUUGAGUAUAAUACCAUAGAUCCAAUUACAAAGGCUAAUUAUAUUUGGUUGGUCCAUUUAGUUAGCCGGAUGAAUGCAACGCUAAGUUUCAAUAUUGCAAACAACUGGGGACACAACAAAAAUGGAUCAUGGGACGGUAUGAUCGGAAUGUUGCAACGUCGCGAGAUUGACAUUGGUGGCACCGGUAUGUUUAUGUUAACGGAGCGCAUCUCUGUAUUGGAAUACAUUCAAUUGUAUACACAUUCAAGUUUGUGUUUUGUGUUUCGACAACCUUCAUUGUCGACUAUGAAAAAUAUCUUCACUUUACCUUUUCAACAAAACGUCUGGGUAGCAACAGCCAUAUUUCUCGUUCUCGUUUUUUGUUUGUUAUAUAUAUCUAUAAAAUGGGAACAUUAUCGAGGUACUUCGAAAAAGUCGGCAGCUUAUUGGAAUCAACUAAAUAACAGCAAACCAACUGUUACUGAUAAUUUUUUCAUCCUUUUAGGCGCAUUUGCUCAACAAGGAUAUUCCUAUGAGCCAUACAGAAUCCCAUCUCGAAUCGUCAUUCUUAUGUUACUGCUAGCUUCACUGAGUCUCUAUGCAGCUUAUACGGCAAACAUCGUGACUCUUUUUCAAUCUACCACGGACAAAAUCAAAACCCUUUCCGAUCUUCUGUAUAGUCCAUUAACACUUGGAGGACAGGAUCUACCGUACAACAAAUAUUAUUUCAAAUCUACUGGAAUACAAGAUCCCAUCAGAAAGGCAAUGGUGAAGAAAAUUGAACCGGAAGGACGCAAAGCGAAUUGGAUGAGUCUGGAAGAAGGGGUACGCCGUAUAAGAAGUGAAACUUUUGCGUUUCAUGGCAUACAAAGCCCAAUAUAUCAUGUCAUACAACGCACGUAUCAGGAAGCUGAGAAAUGUGGUUUAACCGAGAUCGAUUAUUUGAAUACGAUAUAUCCAGCUUUUACGAUACAGAAACACUCGCGUUAUUUGGAAAUAAUAAAAAAUGGAGCUUUGAAACUGAGAGAAUAUGGACUCAAGUAUCGGGACGAGUAUCGCUUGUAUACAAGAAAGCCGACGUGUACGAGUCAGAUUGGCUUCAUUACCAUUGGUUUCACGCAGUGUUCCUUCGCGAUAAUCAUAAUGGGUUACGGAGUGUUACUUAGCGUAAUCGUGUUUGUACUUGAGUUGUUGUGGAACAAAAGACAAAAUAUGAAUAUCUUAGAAGAGGCAGUCCCAACUGAUGGUAGAAGAAGCGACCAUCAAAUACAUUGACUAAAUUGUUGCAAAAAUGAAUAAUUAUUCGACGAAAUUUAAAAAAAAUUAAAACUUUCUAAUUUUUGUUGAUGUGGCAAGCAAAUUAACUUGAUUACUUUACAAAUUCUUUCCGUGAGUUUAACGAAGAAAAGACGAUAGUCAAUAAUUAAUUUAGUUACUCAUUAAUGUAGCAUAUGAUAAUUAGUAAUAGAAAUUCAUAAUAAAACGUAUAUACAUGCAAAUAUA